AUGCCCUGCCCUGUUGCAGGUUUGUUUUAUCAGUGGAGAAGUGCCAAGAGCAGAAUGGCACCCCAGGAACAUGGCUCCUCCGGCUCCCUACCCAACGUCGGUCCGGGGGUUUCUUUUACCGUUAAUGACGUCGGUUACACGGUGGGCGCCGGCAUCCCCCCGUGGACUCGCCUGGUGGACUUCCUCCGCGAGCGGGUGAAGCUCCCCGGGACGAAGGCCCUGUGCAGGGAAGGGGGCUGCGGCGUGUGCACCGUGGUGGUCACGGUCCCCGACCCGGAGACGGCGGGGAGAACCAAGACCUACAGCGUCCAGGCGUGUCAAGCCCUCGUGCACUCCUGCGCCGGUUGGAACAUCGAGACGAUCGAGCACCUCGGCAACCGCUUCACCGGCUACCACCCUCUGCAGACGGCGCUCCACGGCUUCUACGGGACCCAGUGCGGCUUCUGUUCCCCCGGGAUGAUUAUGACGAUGUAUGGGUGA